AUGGCCUUCUUCUCCCAAACAAAUCUUCAGGAGAUCCUCCAAACCUUCUCUGUCAUGCAGUGGAUCCCAGUCUGCAUAAUAAUAGGAACUAUUUCCAUUAUCCUUCUGCCCUACUUUCUGUUCACUAAGUUCUGGAUGUUGUCGGUGCUCUCCUUAGCCUGGCUUGUCUAUGAUUGGAACACCCACAGUCAAGGUGGUAGGCGUUCAGUUUGGGUACGAAAAUGGGCCCUCUGGAAGUAUUUCCGAAAUUACUUCCCAAUAAAGCUGAUGAAGACUCAUGACCUCUCUCCCAAACACAACUAUAUCAUUGCCAACCAUCCCCACGGCAUCUUAUCUUUCGGUGUCUUCAUCAACUUUGGCACUGAGGCCACUAGCUUUGCUCGGAUUUUCCCAGGCAUCACUCCUUCUGUAGGGACCUUGGAAUGGAUUUUCUGGAUCCCAUUUUUGAGAGAAUAUGUAAUGUCAGUGGGUGUGUGCCCCGUGAGUAAGUUGGCCUUGAAGUAUUUGCUGACUCAGAAUGGUUCGGGCAAUGCUGUGGUGGUUGUGGUGGGCGGAGCUGCUGAAUCCCUCUUAUGCCGGCCAGGAGUUUCUACCAUCUACCUUAAACAGCAUAAAGGUUUUGUGAAGCUAGCACUGCAGACAGGAGCACACCUUGUCCCUUCUUAUUCCUUUGGAGAGAAUGAGGUUUACAAUCAGACGACCUUCCCUGAGGGCACAUGGUUCAGGUUCUUCCAAAAAACCUUCCAGAAGACAUUCAAAAAAAUCCUGAGACUAAAUUUCUGUACUUUCCAUGGUCGAGGUUUCACUCAAGGAUCCUGGGGCUUCCUGCCUUUCAAACGGCCCAUUACCACUGUUGUUGGGGAGCCCCUGCCAAUCCCCAGGAUUAACAGUCCAGACGAGAAGACAGUGGACAAAUACCACACACUCUACAUCAAUGCCGUGCGCAAGUUGUUUGACCAGCACAAAGUUCAGCAUGGCCUUUCUGAGACCCAGGAGCUGACAAUCAUAUAA